AUGGGAGUGCCUAUGAAGCAUAUCUCUCUGAUAACCCUUACUUUUCAGAAUAGCGCCUUGAUACUUAUAAUGCACUACUCCCGAAUAAUGCCACAGGUUGGUGGCCAUCGGUAUUUUACUUCGACUGCGGUGUUCCUCAACGAGGUGCUGAAACUGUCCCUUUCCUUGACAAUCGCCAUGUACGACAUAUCACGAACACUGCCUCCUUCAACCCCUGCGACAGUCCUUUUCGAACAGCUAUACAUGUCUGUGUUUUCUGGUGAUGGGUGGAAACUUGCGAUUCCAGCGACGCUGUAUACACUCCAAAAUUCGUUGCAGUACAUAGCGGUCAGCAACCUGGAUGCUGUACAUUUCCAGAUCCUUUAUCAAUUAAAGAUUCUUACAACAGCACUUUUCAGCGUCACAAUGCUGGGCAGAGCACUCUCGUCGAAAAAAUGGAUAGCGCUUGUACUGCUUACAAUUGGCGUAACGAUUGUGCAGAUACCCACCAACCCUUCAGACGACCAGUCUCGAUUUUACUUCCCGCGAUCCUUCCAUGAAAUUGGGCAGUUGAGCAAUGGGGCUGUUGAGGUGGCCAGAGAAUUAACAAAACGUGGGAUGGAGCAGCUGUCGGGGGGGCUUGAGAAGCGCUCAGCGACAUAUGAGGGGAUCGAAGAGGAUUUGGGCUUGGUCAAGCCAAUCAUGAACUACUCAAUUGGGCUGUCUGCGGUCUUGAUUGCGUCCUUGAUAUCUGGGUUGACCGGCGUGUACUUUGAGAAGGUACUGAAGGAGAGCACCCAACAUGUUACGGUAUGGACUCGGAACGUACAGCUCUCAUUCUACUCUUUCUUCCCGGCCUUGAUCAUUGGUGUCAUCUUCAAGGACGGAGAGGAAAUUUCCAAGGAAGGGUUUUUCGUGGGAUAUAAUAGCGUGGUAUGGACGGCAAUUGUGUUUCAGGCUGUUGGAGGUGUUUUGGUUGCUAUGUGCAUCAAUUACGCCGACAACAUUGCCAAGAACUUUGCGACUUCCAUAUCCAUUGUCCUCAGCUUCCUCUUCAGCGUCUGGUUCUUUGACUUCCAGGUCACACUCAAUUUCCUUUUUGGCACAGCAAUUGUCAUGUUCGCCACCUACCUCUACAGCGGGCAGGAACGAAAACGGAACCGACCUCCUCCAAUUAACAUUGCAACCUUCGACAAGACGACGAUAGAUAAUGGAUCUACGCCAAGGUAUGAAGAGGACAAACGGAUGACCAUAGCUUCGUUAGAGAGCAUUAAGAGUGCUGGCCUUUCAACAUCGAGACCGUCAUCACCAAUGAGACAUCAUUCCAGAGUAGGCUCAUCACGGGGAGGAGGAGGGAGGAUAAAGCGGGCGGACUGA